UUUUCUUUAGUAGUGAUUUCAACUACCGCUGCAACGAAUGGCAGAGAGUGGUGAUGACACACUGGUAGACCUCGCGCUCCCUGGGAGGUUCAAAUGGGUGUGGUUGGUCGGCCUCGUGGGCGUAGGGGUGACAUUUAUCCUCCUAAUCGCCCUACACAGGACCUUCUCGGACCUCAUCAUCAUCUCAAUGGUGGGGUUGUUAUGGAUACUCGCGCCGUUGGUUUGUCUAUUUACAACCCUCGUUAGAAGGUAUGGAUUUAAGCGAGCUAUUCAUUAUCUGGACCUGGGACUUUCGGUCGAGGACAUGACAUCGAGUAUGCCAACCGUAGAGGACAAGAAGUCCUUCUUCGAGAUGGCUAAGAACGCUUCGACGGUCUCGCUGGAUGCCACGGUUUCAUCACAGGACUUGUGUGCGAUAUGCUUAGAUGAGGAGGAUAUGGAUUUCCCGUUGAUAACCCUGAGGUGCGGUCAUGUGUUUCAUGAGAGAUGCAUCGACUCCGUCAUCGACACAGCCUAUGAGAAAAUGUAUGCCCCUCAAUAUCUCGGCUUGCCAAUUUUACCUCGAGAGAAAGUGCUCAGCUCGCUACGCUGUCCUCUCUGCCGCUCACAAAUCACGCAGGUAGACCGUGAUAUCGAACAAGGCUAUCGAGAUUCUGUCACGGAGGACCACGAUGCAGUCGCUGGUGAUCCUCCUCCUAGUGAAAGGCCUUUGGCGAGGACUGCCGCCAUCACUGGCUUAUCUGAACUGGGAGAGUUCAACAUCCCCUAUUCGUCCGAUGCGGUAUCUACUCCCACGUUCGCAGCAACUACACGGUCGUGAUCAACCCUACUAUUCGCAGAAUCAUUAUUCUAGGCUUUCUCGCAUCGAGAGCUACUUUUUGUGUAGAUAACAUUUGAGUUUUUUAUCGUUUUUUCCGAAACCUCGGGGGCCGUGAGCUGACGGCUCGUAAAUCCCCGGUCGUCAUCUACGAGAUACCACUGUCCGAUGAGCAGUGCUUCUCUUCGGUCGACCUGUACAUCUUCGAUGACUCUUUCAAUCAGGCGAGUUGCGCACGCGGAAGAUUUUGUGGAGAUUCUGAUGUGACUUCCUGUCCUUCAGAAUGUGUUGUUGGUCGCCUUGUACCCGAACGUCGUUGAGGCUUCUUUUCGCUGC